CUAAACUACUGCUUCCUCCUUGAUUUUGUUGUGUUUUUUGUGCAAAAUUUGGAUCUCCAGGAUCGACUUCAAUAGAGGAUUCCAUUUUUGAGUUUAUCUUUUCUAAUUUGGGAAUGGAUUUUGCUGAAAUUGGGUACAAACUUUAAAAAAAUAGAGACUUGUGGUGAACAAGAUUGUUAGAGGAUGACACCUUUUCUGGUCACUUGAGAAGCUUCUUUAGUACGGUGUGGGAUUCAUUUAUGUAUCUAUUUGGUCAGUCAUAUGUGUCCUCUGUCGGUGCUAUGUCACUGUUAGUUGCAACAGUAUGUUUUGUGCCAUCAAAGGUAUCUCGUAAAAAGCGAGUCAUUAUUGGGAUUCUUCAUGUGUCUGCCCAGCAUUGAUCCUCACAAUCUUGUUGGAACUUGGUGUUGAGACAUGUAUUAGGCAUAAUCUACUCGGCACAUCAGGUUAGUGAGAUUUUGACUGCAUUCUUUUGUUUAUUUUCAUAUUUCAUUGACAGUUAGAAAGAACAUAGGACUAAUGUACAUAGGAAUGUUAUGUUGUUUGGUGCAUAGGUUAUCAUACCCUAUAUGAAUGGUACCAAUCAGCCGAGAGUGAGCAUUUCCCAGAUCCUACUGGUCUUAAAGAACGUUUAGAGCGAUGGACAUUUGGCCUUUAUCGAGCCUGCAUCAAGUAUCUCAUGUCUGCAUUUGAUGUGCCUGAGGUAAUGGCGGUGACGAGGAACAACAUAUGCAAGAAUCACUGUCGCGUGGGAUUGCUGCAAUAUAUUAUGCGUUUGUGCGUGAAAGAGAAGAGCGAGACUUUCAUGAAGUUGAUAAAGGAUAACGAUGAACAGUUGGCCAUCAGGGCACAACUCCAACAAUCUCCCACUUACACUAUGGCCAAUCUGGCAUCAGUCGAAUGCCCAUGGACCUAGUGUGACCCUCAUGCUUUAGCUUUCCUAAAGGCUUGGUCAAGGGAUCGGCUAUAUUGUCGUCAGUAUCUACUUUGCAAAUCAUCACAUCUCCUCUAUUCUACGAUUUCUCGUUUGAUGUGAUAGCGUCGUACAAUGUGUUUGG